AAGUUAGUUCAGAAACAUGAAGGGUAUAGUAGUCUUUAACAUCUACUGCGAUAUAAGCAAACCCUAAGAGCUCGCUCGCAACUAUAAAUGACAUAAUUUGCUUUUUAUUCUGUUUUUCCAUCGCCGCCGAACUGCUCUAUCCUCUCAGAUCGAAUUUUCCAAGCAAUAAUCAUGCAGAACGAGGAAGGAGUCGUCACAGAGCUAUACAUUCCAAGGAAAUGCUCGGCUACAAACAGAUUGAUCACAUCAAAGGAUCAUGCAUCUGUUCAGCUUAACAUUGGCCAUCUUGAUGCCGAUGGUAUCUACACUGGACAGUUCACCACACUUGCGCUCUGCGGUUUCGUCCGUGCUCAGGGAGACGCAGACAGUGGCGUGGACAGGCUCUGGCAGAAGAAGAAGGUCGAAACCAAACAACUGUGAGUGAGUGAGAGAGAUUGAGAAAUCUAAAAAGCUGCUGCGCUUUGCCUCUUUGUUAUUUUUGGGAUGUUUUGUUGAAUUUUCUCUCUAGCUGCAGACAAGUAUUUUGAGUUUCUGGUUUAUGAAAGAUAAUUAAGUUUUGGUGGCAGCUGAAUCAUAUUCUACAGUUCAGUUA